AUGACAGAUUUAUUCGGCAGUCCGAUAUUGCAUUUUUCUCAGGAUGAAGUUGCAGGACACACGACUAUGACCACAGGCACAGCACCUUCCGACUCCGAUCCAACAACAUUCUACACGAAUUACUUAGGAGUGCUGUCGACGACACCGCGAGCGCGGAAAUGGCUAGCAGCAUCUCAGAAGCCGGAGGACAAGAAGAAGCACACAUCUUUUGGUCAGAGAUUGCGCGCUCUGGGUGGAGAAGAGCUCUUCAGCGUUUUCAAGGAUUGUAGAGGAGGACCAAGAGCUUUUACAACAGAAGAAGUGGAUAGAGUACUUGGCCAGAUGAAGACAGCAGAAGAUGGUCAAAAUGGUGAAGGUGCUGGAUCAUCGUUGGUCGAAAAACUGCGUUCCGAACUCACGACAGUCGCACAAGCUGCUGAUAUCACUCGCGACUUACGAGGAAGGAUGAUAACGACACAAAUGCUCUCUCGAGCGCUUGGGAAGUCCGUUGUAGCGUUCUGUGCGCCAGAAACAACGUCUAUGCGGUAUUUGAUGUCCGACACAGUGAGGAUUUACAUGUUGUGUGAGGGGGUGACUUCAAAGUCUAGUACAUCGUUGAAACGAGCAGCACCAGAUUCAGAACAGGGAACACCAGAUCUUCUAGAUCAUGUUGGUAGUGGCAACGACAAGUACACAGCAAACUCAUCCUCUUCAACAUCAUUGACACUCCAUUCUGCCUUUCUCAAACGCUCAGUCAUGCGUGAUCUCGAACACGCACAAAUCAAGGCCCGUAACCAACCAGAAAAGCUGUUGCGCGAUGUGGAGUCUUAUCAAGUGGAGACUGCGUUUCUGGGAACUCCGAAUCUUGCAAACAACCUUUGGUCCGACGCGAGAGUCAAGAUCGCGAAUUGUCUCAAUGCGGACCGGACGUUGCCGCACUUGCAGCUUGCGCAAUUCAAGAAUCAAAAGCAGGAAGAUGGGACUGUUGUCAAGAAUCAGACUCCACCUCUAUCGGAAAAAGCAGCUCGAGCCUUGGCUCCAACCUUAUUGGACUCGUCGUUUUUUACACUGUUGGAGGACUUCGGACCCCGAGAUGGUUGGUACCAGCCAGCAAUGAUAUCUGACUGGCAUGAGCUAUCAGCGGCAUUACGCGGUCUAGCGAGGUGGCAUGCGUUUUUCUGGAUUCUAGAAGAGAAAAACCGCGGUGAGCCAGGAAAGAACGAAUUGAAAGAUGCAGUUUGUUAUGUUGAACACGCAAUUGCAAAUGAGUCAAGUUGACCUUUUUCAGUGCAACUACUGUAUCUUUAAUUAAAUGCAAAGUGUAGUUUUCGUUCCUCAUACAACAAUCUCAGCCUACUCGAUUUACUUAUACUAGAUCGACAUGAUAAGUAGUUCUCUUUCUAAUCUUUGGAUAUCGGUUCUUUCUGGGCGCCGCCUCGACAGAGCGCAGUAAUGUACAGCAAAGUUGCGAGUCUGUGGGAAAGCCACGGUUUUGCGGACAGCUUCUUCCCGGUUGUCCGAAAGAUGUUGGAAAAGGAAGGUGGAGGAGGAGAUGUUAUGGCGAAGAUGUCUAGCUUGAGCUUUUUUCAGUUUGCGAGUUCACUCAUUUGAAGAUGUCCCCGAAUCGUCUAAAGUAGAAGCAACCCUCCGUUCCGAACUCCAGACCCUUGGACGUGCCUUAGAGAAGUAUGCGAUUUCCUUGGCAGAUCAGGUUCACUCGAUGAGCAAGAGACGCACCUUGAUUCAUGGAGACCCGAAAGCUGCCAACAUGUUCUUGCGGAAAAGUAGUGCCAGUAGUGGUUCUUCAUCUUCACCCUCCUCAUCCUACGAUUUCGGUUUCAUCGAUUUCCAAUGGACUGGUUGGGGCGCACCGGCUGUGGAUGUCGCCUAUUUGAUCGCAGCAGCGAGUAGUCCAGAGUUGCUCAGUCUUGACGGAAGCAAAGAACGCAGUUUGCUGCACGUCUAUCACCAGGAGUUGCAAAAUUCACUCUCGAAAAGAUUGCUCGUUUUCGCCCACAACUCGAAAGGCGCCGGUGCAAAAACUCCCAGUAUGACAAUAGACUCUCUAGACCCGAGUUUACAACGCAUGGCGAGGUAUCCUUUUGACGAGUUUUUGAAGGACUACGAACUAGCACUAGUCGAACAUUGUACAACGGUUUUCGCCUACAUGUGGCCGAGAUGGAAAGCGACGCCAGAAAAUCUAGACCAACGGAGUGUGGUGACAGGUGCAAACGCGUAUAAUAAGAACGCAGAGUCGGCAGCAUGGCUCAUGUAUCGAUGCAACAAGCUUCUGCGGAGGCAUUGUGCGGCGUAACUACAGCGAGCAAUCAUUGCGGCGUAACCACCACGAGCAAUCAUUAGGUGCGAAACAAGUGUGGGCUGGAAAUGCUGCUCGGGAAAAUAGGGGUGGGGAAAGGCGAAGGCCACAAGUCUGAACUGCUCAUGACAUCAAUUACUGCGGAUUCGAAGACUGAGUAACUUAAACUUUUUGUAACGCUUUCACCAUGGUCAUAUGCAUCAUGUGAUUUUUUAUGGACAGAGGUUUCUGUCACUCAGAGACCACGCGAAUGCGCGAAAAACGUGUGCUCCUGGGUGAAGGAAGUCAAUGAAUCAUACGGCACUACAGACAGGAUUGGUGAUUGAAAGACUUUUCCUAUACAUAGUACACGAUAACACGUCCACGUCGGUGGAACGGCCAC